GACAUGGGUCAGAGCCAGGGGGUAGCUUUUGUUCCCCAAGCAACGGAUGGUUCAUUAAUGCAAACACAGCGUUACUAUGGAGGCCAGGACACAAUCACUUUAUACACAAACCCCCUCACGCCACCGGGUCACUGUGGCAGUGGGCUGAAAAGCCGAGGAGGAUAGUAGAACAGGGCAAGAAUGGAAGAUUCUCCGGCGGGGGACAGGAGAUUCGAAUUCAUAGAGAAAUACGUGUUAAAAACUCUAAAACUGAAGCAAGACCGGUGGCAAAAAUGUAUUUCCACCGAUGACAACAAGCAAGUUAUUCAAGAGUUCUUGGACAAACCCGACCAAAUGACACUAGUCGUGUCUCUGAAUGCAGCUGGCCACUUGCUGCCCACUGUCGGGUUUCCAGCGACCGUUAAAAACAAGGGUGUUUACUUCGUCAAAAGAAGCAAAACAGCUCUAACCCCUGACUCAAUGAAAAGUCAUUUGUUAUAUGGAGACUUGUCCUACGCGCCGCUUGACCAGUUUUCUGCACUAGUGGAGGAGGUUGUGGUCCCAUUGCUGUCCAACGGUAGGAACCACAGUGAAUGGCCUCAGGUGGUAUCCCAGGACAUUCAGCGCCAUGUGCAUUCCCUGAAGACCAAUGUGUUUGUGGUGUCUGGCCAAGUGAAAGGCAAGACUCUGCUGCCUUUACCACCUGGGGCAGAGAGAGUAGAGCAGGCUGCCUUGGAGCGGGACAAGAGGGGAGAUGUAGUGGACAAGAGCAUCAUCCAUGCCAUUGAGUCAGUGGUGAUAGAAUGGAGCCACCAGAUUCGUGGGGUCCUGAAGAAGGACUCAUCUGAGCCUCUGCUGGAGGGAAAGACUCCCACACCACACACUGAGAUCAACUUCUGGAGGAGCAGAUAUGCAGACCUGGAGUGCAUCCACUCUCAGUUCAAGUCCUCCAAGGUGACCAAGAUGGCAGAGCUGCUGGAUGCCAUGGAGAGCAGCUACUACCCUGCCUUUAAAGACAUGCUACAGGACGUUCUAGCAGCCCUAGAGGAAGCUAAGGACAUUUGUAUGUACCUUCGUCCGCUGCAGCGUCUCUUUGAGGACCUGGAGAAUGUGGAGUUCCCUGAGGUCAAGGGUCAGAUCGGGCCUCUGAUGCACAUUGUGUGUCUGGUGUGGUCCAACUCACGCUACUACAACACCCCAGCACGCCUUAUCGUCCUGCUACAGGAGACAUGCAAUCUACUCAUACAACAGGCGCGGGUGUAUCUGAGCCCAGAGGAGGUGCUAAAGGGAGACGUGUCUGAGAGCCUGCGGAAGGUCCAGACCUCACUGGACAUUCUAAACACCUUCAGACUGACCUAUGAGGAGAAGAGGGCCAGCCUGGGCCAGUACCAGAGGAAGGGCAGGGAAAUCCAACCGUGGGACUUCCACCCACUCAUGGUCUUCUCUGGCCUCGACCGCUUCAUCGACCGUGUCAAAACCAUUGAGGAUGUCCUCCUGACAGCAGUGGACCUGUUAAAGCUGGAGAAGGUGGAGUUUGGAGGCAUCCGAGGCAGAGCUCUAAGCCAGCAGGUCCUGUGGCUCCACCAGGAGUUCCUGGACACAUAUAAAGUCCUCACUGAGAAGCCCUACGACUGCCUCGACGUCAACAAUACGGAGUUUGAGGCAGACGUGUGUGAGUUCAGAUGUAAGGUGGAGGAUACAGACCGUCGUCUGGGAGCAGUUUUCUGUCAGGCCUUCGAUGAUGCCUCUGGACUGGAGCACGCAUUCAAGGUGCUGGAUAUGUUUGGCAGCCUGUUAGAGCGCCCCCUCGUGGCAGCGGAUGCUCUGGACAGAUAUCCUCUCCUUAUCAGCCUGUUUGACAGAGAGCUAGACUGCUGCAAACUGCUCUUCAACAAACACACACACACACAGGAGGAACUGGGUUAUACUCCUGUGAAUAGGAACAUGCCAGCUGUAGCAGGAGGUAUGAGGUGGGCUCAGCAACUACAGGAGAGAAUCCAGACCCCCUUCUCCAUGUUCAGAUACAUCACCCACCCGUGUCUGGAGUCUACAGCAGGAGAAAGAGCCGUACAGAAGUAUGAGGAGAUGAUGCAGUUACUGGAUAGUUACUCCCGUCAGCUGUUUGAUGUAUGGACUGAGACAGUGGGAGAGAAGUCCCAGUACAAUCUCAACCUCCCCCUCAUCAGCCGAGAUCCAGCUACCCGCCUCAUCUCUGUCAAUUUCAACCCACAGUUGGUCUCAGUCCUGAGAGAGGUGAAGUACCUGAAGGCCAGGCAGACAGAGUCCAUCCCGGACACUGCAGAGCAGGUGUACACUAGCAGGGGUCAGCUGUGGCAGUACAUAGCCAACCUGGAGCUCACUGUGAGGAGAUACAACAAGGUUAUGAGCACGGUUCUGGAGGUGGAGCACCCACUGGUCCAGGGUCAGCUCAGAGACAUCGACACGCAUCUCAGAGAGGCAGAGGAGGACAUCAACUGGAACAGCCAAGGUAUCUGGGAGUACAUCCAGGAAGUGCGUGAGUGUGUGUGUGACCUGGAGAAGAGGCUCCAGAGAACCAAGGACCACGUGGAGGAGAUCCAGGGCUGUAUGAGGGCCUUGGCCAGCCCCCUCUAUGAACGAAGGGAGGGCAAGAGAGACACCCUUCUCAGCCUGGACGACCGGGCUGACAGGCUGGAAAGGUGUUACGCCCAAAUACGCUCUUCCGGAGAGAAGAUACACUUCCUGCUGAAGAGUAACCUGGAGUUGUUCAGAGCAGACCCAGGUUCUGAGGAGUGGAAAGCCUAUGUGGAGUACAUAGACGAGAUGGUCAUAGACGGCUUCUUCAACGGCAUCGAAUGCUCCCUCAAGUUUUUCCUCGACAACACCGACCAGCGUGGUGGUGUGGCACCUCUGUUUGAGGCCCAGCUGGACCUGAGGGUUCCUGACAUGGUGUUUAACCCUUCGCUGGAGUACGGAGUUGCUGAUGGCUUCUAUGACCUGGUGGAGAGCCUGGUCAAUGACAUCUACAGGACCUCUUCUCUGGUGGCACGCCUGGCCGCGCACAGCAGCGUCCCACACUACCAGGCUGUUAUGGAAGACAUGGCUGAUUUGGCGGACAUGCGCCAGCUGCUGAUGGAACGUGUGCAGGGCGUCAUGGCGACGUGUUGUGAGUUCCGUAACUCUUUGGAGCGCUAUGCAUACCUGUACGUUGACGACAGGAAGGAGUUUAUGCGCCAGUUCCUGCUGUACGGCCACUUGCUGACCAGUCAGGAGAUAGAGGCUCAUGCAGAGGAUGGAGUCCCAGAGAACCCACCUACACUGGAGCAGUUUAGAGAGCAGGUGGAUGGAUACGAGCGUAUCCAUGAAGAGGUGCAGGGUCUGGAGCCAGUGUGUGUGUUCCAGGGGUGGAUGAGGGUCGACGGACGGGCCUUUAAGAGUGCCCUGCUCAACAUCGUCAGGAAGUGGAGUCUCAUGUUCAAACAACACCUCAUAGACCACGUCACGAACAGCCUGUUAGACCUGGAGGAGUUUAUCAGUCUAGCAGAGCAGGGGCUGGGUCACAGGGUGGAGCAGGGCGACUAUGGUGGCCUGGUGGGGGUCAUGGGUCACCUGCUGGCCGUGAAGGAGAGGCAGGGUGUGACGGACGCCAUGUUUGAGCCGCUCCAACACACCAUUACCCUGCUCAAGACAUAUGAACAGGAGCUACCUGACGUGGUCUACAAACAGCUAGAGGAGCUUCCAGAGAAGUGGACCAACGUGAAGAAGCAGGCGGUGAUGGUGAAACAGCAGGUGGCUCCUCUCCAGGCCAGCGAGGUGGCCGGACUACGCAGGAAGUGUGCCUCCUUCGACGUGGAGCAACACGCCUUCAGAGAGAGCUUCAGGAAGAAUGGGCCCUUCAGGUUUGACAGUGAGAACCCGUAUGCCAUGCUGAAUGCAUCCCACAAACAGAUCCAGGAGAAGGAGGCUGUGAUGGCUGGGCUGGUGGAGUCUGCCGGCCUGUUUGAGGUGACAGUCUCUGACUACAGACAACUACGACAGUGCAGGCGUGAGGUGGGGCUGCUGAAGGAGCUGUGGGACAUGAUAGCUGUAGUAGACAGUACUAUGUUUGCCUGGAGGACCACACCAUGGAGAGACAUCAACGUCGAGGACAUGGAACUGGAGUGCAAACGCUUCAAUAAAGACAUCCGUGCAUUGGAUAAAGAGGUGCGAUCGUGGGAGGCGUUCUCAGGUCUGGACAGCAGGGUAAAGAACCUCCUGACCUCCCUCAGGGCCGUAGCAGAGCUCCAGAACCCUGCCAUACGGGCCAGACACUGGCACCAGCUAAUGGCUGCCACCGGGGUGCGCUUCACCAUGGACCAGGAGACAACACUGGCAGACCUGCUGCAGCUCAACCUGCACAACUUUGAGGAGGAGGUGAGGGGCAUCGUGGACAAGGCUGUCAAAGAGAUGGGAAUGGAGAAGGUGCUCUCUGAACUCAACUCUACAUGGACCGGUAUGCAGUUCCAGUACGAGCCUCACCACCGUACCCAGGUGCCCUUGCUGCGCUCGGACGAGGACCUGAUUGAAACCCUGGAGGACAAUCAGGUCCAGCUGCAGAACCUCAUGUCCUCCAAGUACAUCGCCCACUUCCUGGAGGAGGUGUCACUGUGGCAACGGAAGUUAUCAGUGGCGGACGGAGUGAUAUCCAUCUGGUUCGAGGUGCAGCGUACCUGGACCCAUCUGGAGAGCAUCUUCAUAGGCUCUGAGGACAUCCGCUCACAGCUGCCCGAGGACUCCAAACGCUUUGAAGGGAUUGAUGCCGAUUUCAAAGAGCUGGCGAACGCAGCCCAUAAAACGCCCAACGUGGUGGAGGCCACCAAUAAAGCAGGCCUGUUCGGCAAACUGGAGGACAUUCAGAGCAGACUGUCUCUGUGUGAGAAGGCCUUGGCUGAGUAUCUGGACACCAAGCGUCUGGCCUUCCCCAGAUUCUACUUCAUCUCCUCUGCUGACAUGCUGGACAUACUGUCCAAUGGAACCAACCCACUCCAGGUCCAGAGACAUCUAUCCAAGCUGUUUGACAACACAGCUAAGAUGCAGUUUGAGACUGACACGGAGGGGAACCCUACUAAGACAGGUCUGGGCAUGUUCAGUAGGGAGGAGGAGUAUGUCCCCUUUAAUCAGCCCUGCGACUGCACAGGACAGGUGGAGAUGUGGUUGAAUCGGGUUCUGGAAACCAUGCGGUCAACAGUGCGUCAUGAGAUGACAGAGGCAGUGAUGGCCUAUGAGGACAAACCCAGAGAGCAGUGGCUGUUUGACUACCCCGCUCAGGUGGCCCUGACGUGUACUCAGAUCUGGUGGACGUCAGACGUGGGCAUGGCCUUCUCCCGUCUGGAGGAGGGAUAUGAGAACGCCAUGAAGGAAUAUAACAGGAAGCAGGUCGCCCAGCUCAACACACUAAUCUCCAUGCUGAUUGGACAGCUGUCGCCGGGCGACCGCCAGAAGGUCAUGACCAUCUGCACCAUAGACGUCCAUGCGAGGGACGUGGUCGCUAAGAUCAUCGCUCAGAAGGUGGAGAACUCUCAGGCAUUCCUAUGGUUGUCUCAGCUACGUCAUCGCUGGGAUGAGAAGGAGAGACACUGCUUCGCCAACAUCUGUGAUGCCCAGUUCCUCUAUUCAUACGAGUACCUGGGCAACACACCACGACUUGUCAUAACCCCUCUGACUGACAGGUGCUACAUCACUCUUACCCAGUCCCUCCACCUGACUAUGAGUGGUGCUCCAGCAGGCCCAGCAGGCACUGGCAAGACAGAGACCACCAAGGAUCUGGGCCGAGCCCUUGGCAUCAUGGUCUAUGUAUUCAACUGCUCCGAGCAGAUGGACUACAAGUCGUGUGGCAACAUCUAUAAAGGCCUGGCCCAGACAGGAGCGUGGGGCUGCUUUGAUGAGUUUAACAGGAUCUCUGUGGAGGUGCUGUCUGUGGUCGCUGUGCAGGUGAAGAGCAUCCAGGACGCCAUCCGAGACAAGAAGCAGAGGUUUAACUUCAUGGGCGAGGAGGUGAAUCUUUUCCCCUCUGUAGGUAUCUUCAUCACCAUGAACCCAGGCUACGCUGGCAGGACAGAACUACCUGAGAAUCUCAAGGCCCUGUUUAGGCCUUGUGCCAUGGUAGUACCAGACUUUGAAUUGAUCUGUGAGAUCAUGUUGGUGGCUGAAGGUUUCCUCGAUGCCAGAGUCCUGGCAAGGAAGUUCAUCACCCUCUACACACUCUGCAAAGAGCUGCUUUCCAAACAGGACCACUAUGACUGGGGGUUGAGGGCCAUCAAGUCUGUCCUGGUGGUGGCUGGCUCCCUGAAGCGGGGUGACCCAGAUCGGCCUGAGGACCAGGUCCUCAUGCGGGCUCUGAGAGACUUCAACAUCCCUAAGAUCGUGACAGAUGACAUGCCAGUGUUCAUGGGGCUUAUCGGAGACCUGUUCCCUGCUCUGGACGUCCCCAGGAAGAGAGACCUGGAGUUUGAGAAGCAUGUCAAGCAGUCUGUGCUGGACCUCAAAUUACAGGCUGAGGAUAACUUUGUACUGAAGGUGGUACAGUUGGAAGAGUUGCUGGCGGUGCGCCACUCUGUGUUUGUGGUGGGUAAUGCAGGCACAGGGAAGAGCCAGGUGAUGAGGUCUCUCCAACGGACUUACCAGAACAUGAAGCGGAGGCCCGUGUGGGCGGACCUCAACCCCAAAGCUGUGACCAAUGAUGAGCUGUUUGGCAUCAUCAACCCUGCAACCAGGGAGUGGAGGGAUGGUCUGUUCUCUAACAUCAUGCGUGAGCUGGCUAACCUCAGCCACACUGGGCCUAAAUGGAUCGUACUGGAUGGAGACAUAGACCCCAUGUGGAUUGAGUCUCUCAACACUGUCAUGGACGACAACAAGGUGUUAACCCUGGCGAGUAAUGAACGUAUCCCUCUCAACCCGACCAUGAGGUUGGUGUUUGAGAUCAGCCACCUCCGGACUGCUACUCCUGCUACUGUAUCUAGAGCUGGCAUUUUGUAUAUCAACCCAGCAGAUCUGGGCUGGAACCCACCUGUAUCCAGCUGGAUUGACAGGAGGGAGGUCCAAUCGGAGAAGGCCAACCUGACAAUCCUGUUUGACAAGUACCUCCCCUCAUGUCUAGACACCCUCAGGUCCAGGUUUAAGAAGAUCAUCCCAGUCCCGGAGCAGAGUAUGGUCCAGAUGCUGUGCCAUCUGUUGGAGUGUCUGUUAACCCCAGAACACACCCCUCCAGACUGCCCUAAGGAACUCUACGAACUCUACUUUGUCUUCGGUGCUGUCUGGGCCUUCGGAGGUGCCAUGUUCCAGGACCAGUUGGUGGACUACCGUGUGGAGUUCAGUAAGUGGUGGGUGACAGAGUUUAAGACCAUCAAGUUCCCCUCCCAGGGGACCGUGUUUGACUACUACAUUGACACCGACACCAAGAAGUUUGAACCCUGGUCCAAGAUGGUGCCCAGGUUCGAGAUGGAUGCUGAUAUUCCUCUACAGGCAUGUCUGGUCCACACCACAGAGACUAUCCGCGUCCGUUACUUCAUGGACCGCCUCUUGGAACGCCGCCGGCCCGUCAUGCUGGUCGGGAAUGCCGGUACUGGGAAGUCUGUUCUGGUCGGAGACAAACUGGGAUCACUGGACCAGGAGAAAUACAUGAUCAAAAACGUCCCCUUCAAUUAUUACACCACCUCUGCCAUGCUACAGGCGGUGUUGGAGAAGCCCCUGGAGAAGAAGGCAGGCCGUAACUAUGGUCCUCCAGGCAGCAGGAGGCUGGUCUACUUCAUAGACGAUAUGAACAUGCCAGAGGUGGACGCCUACGGCACCGUGCAGCCACACACACUCAUACGCCAACACCUGGACUACAACCACUGGUAUGACAGGAGUAAGCUGCUGCUGAAAGAGGUCCACAGUGUGCAAUACGUGUCCUGCAUGAACCCUACAGCAGGCAGCUUCACUAUUAACCCACGACUACAGCGUCACUUCUCAGUGUUUGCCUUGUCCUUCCCUGGAGCGGAGGCUCUUAGCACCAUCUACAGUUCCAUCCUCUCUCAGCACCUCAGGGGAGAGGGCUUCAGUGCUGCCCUGCAGAAGAGCUGUCCUACCCUGGUCCAGCUAGCUCUGGCCCUCCAUCAGAGACUCACCUCCACCUUCCUGCCCACCGCUGUCAAGUUCCACUACAUCUUUAACCUCCGAGACCUCUCCAACAUAUUCCAGGGUAUUCUGUUCUGUACCUGUGAGUGUCUGAGGGGUCCUGUGGAUCUGGUGAAGAUCUACCUCCAUGAGUCCAACCGAGUCUACAGAGACAAGAUGGUGGAGGACACAGACACACAGGCCUUUGAUAAGCUGCAGGCAGACACUGUGAAAAAGUACUAUGAGGAUAUGGAGGAGACGCUGGAGCAGGCCAGGGAGAUGAACAUGUUCUGUCACUUCGCCUCGGGGGUGGGGGAGCCCCGGUACAUGGCUGUCCAGUCCUGGAGCUCCCUCAACAAGACACUACUGGAGGUCCUGGACAGCUAUAACGAAGUCAACGCUGUCCUCAACCUGGUUCUGUUUGAAGACGCUAUGGCUCACAUUUGCCGUAUCAACCGUAUCCUGGAGUCUCCACGUGGUAACGCUCUUUUGGUCGGCGUAGGCGGCAGCGGCAAGCAGAGCCUCACUCGAUUGGCUGCCUUCAUCUCCAACCUGGAAGUGUUCCAAAUUACCCUCAGGAAAGGCUACGGCAUCCCUGACCUCAAGACUGACCUGGCGUCCCUCUACAUCAAAGCUGGCGUGAAGAAUGUUGGCACGGUGCUGCUAAUGACUGAUGCCCAGGUGGCAGAUGAGAAGUUCCUCGUUCUGGUCAACGAUCUUUUGGCAUCGGGUGAGAUUCCUGACCUGUUCCCAGAUGACGAGGUUGAGAACAUCAUCGGGAGCGUCAGGAACGAGGUGCGAGGACUUGGAAUGAUGGACACCCGGGAAAACUGCUGGAAGUUCUUCAUCGAUCGAGUCCGCAAGCAGCUCAAGGUGGCCCUGUGCUUUUCUCCGGUGGGCAGUAAGUUGCGGGUGCGUAGCAGGAAGUUUCCAGCUGUGGUUAACUGUACAGCCAUCGACUGGUUCCAUGAGUGGCCACAGGAGGCGCUGGAGUCUGUCAGCCUCAAGUUCCUACAAGAGGUCGACAACAUUGAGCCGGAGCUGAAGGAGUCAGUGAGUAAGUUCAUGGCCUACGUCCACGUCAGUGUGAACCACACCUCCAAGGAGUACCUGUCCAAUGAGAGGCGCUAUAACUACACCACGCCCAAGUCCUUCCUGGAGCAGAUCAAGCUGUACCAAAGCCUGCUGGCCAAUAAGAGCAGAGAUCUCACCAUGAAGAUGGAACGCCUGGAGAACGGCCUACAGAAACUCAACAGCACCUCCGCUCAGGUGGACGACCUGAAGGCCAAGCUGGCCGCCCAGGAGGUGGAGCUCAAGCAGAAGAACGAAGAUGCUGAUAGGCUGAUCCAGGUAGUCGGUGUGGAAACAGAGAAGGUGUCUAAGGAGAAGACUGUGGCGGAUGAGGAGGAAGAGAAGGUGGCGGCCAUAGCGGUGGUGGUCACAGGGAAACAGAGAGACUCUGAGAAGGAUCUGGCCAGGGCUGAACCAGCCCUCAUAGCAGCACAGGAGGCUCUUAACACUCUCAAUAAGAACAACCUGACUGAGCUGAAGUCGUUUGGUUCUCCUGUGGUGGCUGUGACCAACGUGACCGCUGCAGUCAUGGUUCUGAUGGCACCGGGUGGUCGGGUUCCUAAGGACCGUAGUUGGAAGGCUGCCAAGGUGAUGAUGGCCAAAGUAGAUGCGUUCCUGGACUCCCUGGUCCAUUUCAACAAGCAGAACAUCCCAGAGCCCUGCCUCAAGGCCAUACAGCCCUAUCUACAGGACCCAGAGUUCCAGCCCGACCUAGUGGCCUCUAAGUCCAACGCUGCGGCGGGCCUCUGCUCCUGGGUCCUAAACAUCGUCAAGUUCUACCAGGUGUUCUGUGAGGUGGAGCCCAAGAGACAGGCUCUGAGCAAGGCCAACGCUGAGCUGGCUGCAGCCCAGGAAAAACUCACAGUCAUCAAGACCAAGAUCAACCACCUUAAUGAGAACCUGGCCAAGCUGACAGCCAAGUUUGAGAAAGCCACGGCCGACAAGCUCAAAUGCCAGCAGGAGGCUGAGUCCACCGCUCGCACCAUCUCUCUUGCCAACCGCCUGGUAGGUGGUCUGGCGUCGGAGAACGUGCGUUGGGCGGAGGCAGUGGAGAGUUUCAGACGUCAGGAGAGGACUCUGUGUGGGGACGUCCUCCUCAUCACAGCAUUUGUCUCCUACCUGGGAUACUUCACUAAGCGCUACCGACAGCAGCUCAUGGACAACACCUGGAGACCAUACCUCAGUCAGUUACAGGUGCCCAUCCCAGUGACCUCUGACCUGGACCCUCUGACCAUGCUGAUGGACGACGCUGACAUUGCGGCGUGGCAGAACGAGGGCCUGCCGGCCGAUAGGAUGUCCACGGAAAACGCCACCAUCCUCACUUCUUGCCAGCGCUGGCCCCUCAUGGUGGACCCCCAGCUACAGGGCGUCAAGUGGAUCAAAAACAAAUACGGAGAGGAUCUACGCGUCAUCCGCAUCGGACAGAGAGGGUAUCUGGACUCCAUAGAGAGAGCUCUGUCUGCUGGUGACGUGGUUCUGAUCGAGAACCUAGAGGAUACUGUAGACCCUGUUCUAGGGCCACUACUGGGGAGAGAAACCAUCAAGAAGGGCAGGUACAUAAAGAUAGGAGACAAGGAGUGUGAGUACAACCCCAGCUUUAGACUGAUUCUCCACACUAAGCUGGCCAGCCCACACUACCAGCCCGAGCUCCAAGCCCAGUGUACCCUGAUGAACUUUACCGUGACCAGGGAUGGUCUGGAGGACCAGCUACUGGCUGCUGUGGUCAGCAUGGAGAGGCCUGACCUGGAGGAACUCAAGUGGAACCUGACGAAGGAGCAGAAUGGUUUUAAGAUCACGUUGAAGAUCCUGGAGGACAACCUGCUGUCCCGUCUCUCCUCCGCCUCAGGGAACUUCCUGGGAGACACAGAGCUGGUGGAGAACUUGGAGAUCACCAAACGCACUGCCGCAGAGAUAGAGGAGAAGGUUAAAGAAGCCAAGGUGACCGAGGCCAAAAUCAACGAGGCGCGGGAGCACUAUCGGCCUGCGGCAGCCCGAGCAUCCUUAUUGUACUUCAUAAUGAACGACCUCAAUAAGAUCCACCCAAUGUACCAGUUCUCUCUCAAGGCGUUUAGUGUAGUGUUCCAGAAAGCGGUACUGAAGGCCCAGGCAGACGAGGUGUUGAAACAGAGAGUGUCUAACCUGAUAGACAGCAUCACUGUCCAAGUGUUCCAGUAUACCACCAGAGGCCUAUUCGAGUGUGAUAAACUCACAUACAUCGCACAGCUCGUCUUCCAGAUCCUCUUGAUGAAUAAGGAGAUCAACCCUACAGAGUUAGAUUUCCUGCUGAGGUAUCCCGUCCAACCAGGAGUGACGUCUCCUGUCGACUUCCUGUCCAACCAUUCCUGGGGCGGUAUCAAGUCUCUGUGUUCCAUGGACGAGUUCCGUAACCUGGACCGGGACAUGGAGGGUUCGGCCAAGCGUUGGAAGAAGUUUGUGGAGUCGGAGUGUCCUGAGAGGGAGAAGUUUCCUCAGGAGUGGAAGAAUAAGAGUUCCCUGCAGAGACUGUGUAUGAUGAGGGCCAUGAGGCCUGACCGCAUGACCUACGCUGUGAGAGAUUUUGUGGAGGAGAAGCUGGGGAGUCAGUAUGUGGUUGGCAGGUCGCUUGACUUUGCUGUGUCCUUUGAAGAGUCUGGUCCCGCCACACCCAUGUUCUUCAUCCUCUCUCCUGGAGUAGACCCACUGAAGGACGUGGAGAAACAUGGCAGGAAGCUGGGCUAUACGUUUGACAGCGGUAACUUCCACAAUGUGUCUCUGGGCCAGGGACAGGAGGUGGUGGCUGAACACGCUCUGGAUCUGGCAGCUAAUGAGGGACACUGGGUUAUACUGCAGAACAUUCACCUGGUGGCGAGGUGGCUGGGUUCUCUAGAGAAGCAUCUGGAGCAGCAUGGAGAGAACAGUCACCAGGACUUCAGAGUCUUCAUCAGUGCUGAGCCUUCAGGGACCCCAGAGGGCCACAUCAUACCACAGGGCAUCCUGGAGAACUCCAUCAAAAUCACCAAUGAACCACCCACUGGCAUAAACGCCAACCUGCACAAGGCCCUGGACAACUUCAACCAGGACACUUUGGAGAUGUGUGCCAGGGAGAAUGAGUUUAAGAGCAUCCUGUUUGCGCUGUGCUACUUCCACGCGGUGGUGGCUGAAAGGAGGAAGUUUGGACCUCAGGGCUGGAACAGAUCUUACCCCUUCAACACAGGAGACCUCACUAUCUCCAUCAAUGUACUCUACAACUACCUGGAGGCUAACUCGAAAGUGCCAUAUGAUGACCUGCGAUACCUGUUUGGAGAGAUCAUGUAUGGAGGUCACAUCACUGAUGACUGGGACAGACGACUCUGUAGGACCUACCUGGAGGAGUUCAUCAAACCUGAGAUGAUGGAGGGAGAGCUGUACCUGGCUCCCAGCUUCCCCUUGCCUGGGAACAUGGACUACAACACCUACCACCAGUACAUAGAUGACACACUUCCUGCAGAGUCUCCCUACCUGUACGGCCUCCACCCCAACGCUGAGAUCGGCUUCCUAACGCAGACGUCUGAGAAGUUGUUCCGGACUGUGCUGGAGAUGCAGCCCAGAGACGGAGGGGCCGGAGAGGGCAGUGGGACCACCAGAGAUGAGAAGGUACGGUCUGUGUUGGAGGAGAUAAUGGAGAAGUUACCAGAGGAGUUUAACAUGGUAGAGCUGCUGGGGAAAGCUGAGGAGAGGACACCCUACCAGGUGGUGGCGCUGCAGGAGUGUGAAAGGAUGAACACACUUACCCAGGAGAUAAGGCGAUCCCUACGCGAACUCAACCUUGGACUCAAGGGAGAGCUGACUAUGACCAGUGACAUGGAGAGUCUCCAGACGGCCAUCUUCCUGGACCUGGUCCCAGAGUCGUGGACCAGACGGGCCUACCCGUCUAUGUGUGGCCUGGUCCUGUGGUUCACUGACCUGCUGGGGAGGAUCAAGGAGCUGGAGGCCUGGGCCACUGACUUCAUCUUGCCCUCAGCCGUCUGGCUGGCCGGCUUCUUCAACCCUCAGUCCUUUCUCACAGCCAUCAUGCAGGCUAUGGCUCGCAGGAAUGAGUGGCCUCUGGACAGGAUGUGUCUGCAGUGUGACGUCACCAAGAAGAACAGAGAGGACUUCAGCACUCCUCCCAGGGAGGGGGCCUACGUACACGGACUGUACAUGGAGGGAGCUCGCUGGGACACUCAGGCUGGUAUGAUGGUGGAUGCCCGUCUGAAGGAACUGACCCCCACCAUGCCCGUCAUCUUCAUCAGAGCCAUCCCUGUGGACAAGCAGGAGGUGCGUAACGUCUACCAGUGUCCUGUCUACAAGACCAGACAGAGAGGACCCACCUAUGUAUGGACCUUCAACCUCAAGACCAAAGAGAACCCUUCCAAGUGGACCCUAGCUGGGGUGGCCCUGCUACUGCAGAUCUAAAUGCAAGUUGUAUCUUGUUUUUGUAGAUCCAAAGUUCUAAACAUACUGUGACGUUUCGGUCAGAGACCUUCAUCAGACAUAAUCUUGCCAGCCAACUUCAGAAUGGAGUCGAUUUGACUGACCUUUUCCUUUGCACAUAAACAUGAACCUAGCUAACUGUACAGCACACUUAUCAGACCGUCUUUUAAUAGUUGUUACUAGUUGAGUUCUAGAUUGAUCUCACUUGUCGAAAGGAGGAAAUGUUCCUGUCAAAAUGAGGAACGAAGUGAGAAGGUUCAAAAGAAAGAUUUAUUAUAUCUUAAAGAGAAGAGAAACCCUACACCAAAUAGAUAGGUUUGUCCUGUAAUACUUAAAUCAGUAUAAUCCAAAAAUAAUCUACUCUGGAGAUCUCAAAUAGUAGUUUCUUCUUUUUUAAAACACCAAUUUUGUAGAAUAAAGACUUUUAU